AUUCAUGGAGAAGGCACUGACAGUAGUUCUGCCUCUUUUUCUUACACUUUGUGUGAACGUGCCAGAAGUUGGCGGACAGAAGGAGGGAUCCCAGGAUGACAACAAAGGUUCAUCACGUUCUUCAGAAACAAAAACAGGCCGGUGCUCUUACACCUUCAUAGUGCCUCAGCAGAAAUUGACUGGGGCGCUGUGUCUGAACACGCAGCCUGCUCCUACCAACCAUUCAGAAGUGUCAGCCUUAUGGGCAGAGCUCAAACGACAGCAGGAACUACUAGAGAAGCUAAGAAGCCAACUGGAGCAGGAAGGGGCCCUUGCCAUUGAAGUAAGGGCCUUGCGCAAAGAGAGCAGCAGUAUGAAUUCUCGCAUCAGCCAGCUCUAUGCUCAGCUGCUACAUGAAGUUAUAAACAAGAAAGAUCAGGCCUUGGAGCAGCAAAAGGUGGAGAACCUUCUGCUAAAUGCGACAGCACAGGCACUGCAGGUGUCCAGGGAUUACAGGGAGCUGGAGAAGAAAUAUGGAGCCCUCACCUCUAUGAUGAGUUCACACAGCCAGUUUAUUGCCCGUUUGGAGAAGAAGUGCCAGUGCAGGGACUCUGCCCAGUCCCCUCAAGUCGUUACUGAACCACCCAAAAGCCAGUCAAAUGUGCAUCUGAAUUACAGUUCUGAAACCAACCAAAUGACCAAUGAUGUUCAACGGGACCAAAGUGCUCUCCCAUUAGAGCAAGCUCAAACAGGGGGAGGUCCUUUCCAUCCCCCCACUACCACCAGCAGUCCUACAGACCCUUCCUUCUUUAGCUUUCCUGUCACAAAAACUCCAGGGCCAUGGCGGGACUGUCAGCAUGUGUUGGAAUCAGGUGAAACUACCAGUGGGAUCUAUUUGCUCCGGCCGCAGAGUUCCAACCGACUCCUGCAGGCCUGGUGUGAACAGAGUCAAGCUCAGGGAGGGUGGACGGUCAUCCAGAGGAGACAAGAUGGGUCAAUCAACUUCUUUAGAGACUGGGAACAGUAUAAGCUUCCGAACUGGAUGCAACAGAAGGUGUUUGCUGAGUAUGACAGCUUCUAUGUGGAACCAGAGAGCGACUGGUAUCGACUGCGGUUGGGACUGUAUCACGGCAAUGCAGGGGACUCCCUCUCCUGGCACAGCAACAAGGCCUUUACCACUUUGGAUCGAGACAAAGACAGCUAUGGCGGUAACUGUGCUCAUUAUCAGAAGGGAGGCUGGUGGUAUCACAUGUGUGCCCACUCCAAUCUGAAUGGUGUGUGGUAUCGUGGUGGACACUAUCGAAGCCGGUACCAGGAUGGUGUUUACUGGGCAGAGUUCCAUGGAGGAUCGUACUCCCUUAAACGGGUUUGCAUGAUGAUCAAACCCAAAUAA